AUGCGCAUCCUCACGCCCGUCUGUUCGCUGGAGCAGCAGCGGCAUGUCAAGGAGCAGUAUGCUCCAUCGACCACCUAUGUUCUGGCAUGGAUGAAUCAGUACACGCAAGGCAUUUGGCCACUGCUUGUUUUGACCGUACCUUUCGCUAUUUUCGUCGAAGAAGAUCGACUCAACGAAGCCAGCUGGGAGUUCUACGCGCUCCAGGCAGUGGUCAUCCUCUGGGCGAUUUUCAUGAUUGGCCGAUCCCGACAUCGUUCUUCCUUCGUCCAGUCCUAUGAGGCCGGAGAAAGCAAAACCUGGGCCGCAGACUUCAACAAGGUGACAAUCACGAAGCGGCAGAUCCUGCGGAGGAUCAUGUCCCAGACCGGUGCCGGCAGUGAAUUCGCUGCCAUGGUAAAUCUGACCCAAAACCCGGACCACAAGAAGAUGGUUCACCACAGGCUUUGGGUGGCAUGGUGCUUGCUCCUUUCAGGCCUGGGAUGCCUCAUCUGCCUGGUGCUUGCCGGGCUCUUCCUUCUAUUUACCAUGGAGUUGAAAUUCAUACUGAUUUAUGAAUGGGGCGACUGCUACCACCUUGAAUGCCACGAUCCGGCAAUAAAGCAUGGAUUUUCCGGCGUACUGUCCAUGAUCGCGUGCGACAUAUUGCUGGCAUUGACGCUCAACGUGGCUACCGGCGAGCUUUGCAAAGCAUUUGCUUAUCGCAUUGCCAAGACGUGGAACUUCCGCAGCAUGAUCUUGCGACAGUUUGUGGAGCACUUCACAGCCAUUACCAUCGACAUUGUGGCCACGAUUGGAAUGUUUUCUUAUCUUGCCUUCGCCUUCCUCCCCGAGUGGGAGACGACAACGCCAACAGAGUGGUGGGAUUCCUCCGGUUGCGACAUCUUUUGGGACUUCCAGGUAUUCGAGGCGUGGCUUGGUGGUCUCUUCGUGGUCGCCCCUUUCGUGGAAAUUCUCAUGUUGUUCAUAGUGCCACUCUUGGUCUGGGCCCGAGAAGCUUCCAAGGCCUACUUGAUUCACGUGCACUGCGAGCUGGAUCGUGAUUUGGAUGAUGAUGCCGAUAAAGAUCAGCCCCGGCGAGGAUGCAGCCCCUGUGCAUGCUGCUGUGGAUUCCUACGAGGACUCGGGAGGCUCGUCGCCUUCAUUUUCUUGCUGGAUGGAGCAGUGCUUGGCCUCCCGUAUAUUUGGAGGGGAUUCCCCUUCAAAGCUCCGAAAAUCAUCCAGGAAAACGUGGAGGAACUGGAGGAGGGCGAGGAUGGCGGCAAGGAUACGAAAGAGGCAAAAGAGAUGAUCUACUUGACUGAUAAAGACCAUCCCCAGGGUGCCACGGUAAUUGGUGGGCUCUUUGGCCCCUUGGACCAGCGACUCCUGCGCCCAAUGGAUCCUCUGGACGAGCUAAAACUUUUGAAGCUCAAUUUCUUGGUUAUGGUCUUGUUUGCUCCCAUCAAUCCCAUUGGAGUGAUCUUCCAGAUGCUGGCUCGCCAACUCGACCUGCACUCCCGGCUGCCAAAGCUUCUGAUGGUAAGACGUCGCGGCUUUCCAACUGACAACCGGCUGGCCCAUGCUAGCCAGAAUCUGUUUGGCCUCAUGAUCCUACCCGUUGCAGCACUGUGGCAUACAGGACUGAGCUUGGUUUCUGCAAACCCCGACCUACACACGCAACCGCAUGGUAUUGUUGUCAUUGUUUGGUUUGCAAUUGGCUUGGGAAUCUCUGCCGCGGCGCUGCUUGGCCAAUGGCUGGUCACGCGGCUCUAUUCCUGGCUCCGCUGGGGCAAGGUGAUGCUGUCGCGCGAAUCCUCUGCAAUCGUUGGCUUGGAGAAGGAGGAGCUGGAGAUCGAAGCGGGCGACGACGAGGCGGAGCGGGAGGAGGCCGAGGAAGCCAAGGCUGCCGAGGCCCAGGCGGAACGCUCCGCCAAAGCCGGCGGGGCCUCGGCGGAGGACGCGGCCCCGUCUUUGACCCUCUGA